AUGCCGAUGAAGCGCAGCAGUGACAGUUCAGCCGGAGACGGCGUGUUUCUGAUCCACUCCUUCACUAAGACUGUGUGCAGCUCACCAGAGGAGACGCACACAGACUUUAACGGACAGACGCACUUUCAUCAGGAGGAUGAUUCUGGGAUUAAAUCAGAAGCAGAAGACAGUAACGAGACGCCGUCGUCUGAGGACGAUCUGGUGGACUUAAACUCCGACCUGACUAUCAAACAGAGCAUCACUGCCUCCAGGAAGACCAUCAGUCAGAUCAUCAAGGACAAGAAGAAGCAGACCCAGCUCACUCUGCAGUGGCUGGAGGAGAAUUACAUCGUGUGUGAAGGAGUGUGUCUGCCUCGAUGUAUCCUCUAUGCCCACUAUCUGGACUUCUGCAGGAAAGAGAAACUUGAGCCGGCCUGCGCUGCUACAUUUGGAAAGACAAUCCGGCAGAAGUUUCCUCUCCUGACAACAAGAAGACUGGGCACUAGAGGACACUCCAAAUAUCAUUACUAUGGAAUUGGCAUCAAAGAGAGCAGUGCUUACUAUCACUCCGUGUAUUCUGGGAAAGGUUUGACCAGAUUUUCAGGGAGCAAGCUCAAGAACGAGGGUGGCUUCACCAGGAAAUACUCUUUGAGCUCUAAAACCGGAACAUUGCUCCCAGACUUCCCCAACGCCCAGCAUCUCCUGCUGCAGGGCAAUAUCUCCAGAGAAAAGGUGGACACUCUGAUCAUGAUGUACAAAACACACUGCCAGUGCAUCCUGGAUAAUGCCAUUAACGUCAACUUUGAGGAGAUCCAGAAUUUUUUGCUCCACUUCUGGCAGGGAAUGCCCGACCACCUGCUGCCGCUGCUUGAAAACCCCGUUAUAGUCGAUAUCUUCUGCGUCUGUGACUCCAUUCUCUAUAAGGUUUUAACAGAUGUUCUGAUUCCUGCCACCAUGCAGGAGAUGCCCGAAAGUCUGUUGGCAGACAUCCGUAACUUUGCCAAGCACUGGGAGCACUGGCUGGCCUCCUCUCUGGAAAACCUCCCAGAAUGCCUUGCAGCCAAGAAGCUCCCCAUAGCACGUCGCUUUGUUUCUGCUCUGAAGAGACAGACCUCCUUCUUGCACCUGGCACAGAUAGCACGUCCAGCGCUGUUCGAUCAGUCUGUAGUGACCAGCAUGGUGCUGGAUAUCGACAAUGUGGAUCUCAGCAGCAUCAGCUCGCAGCCGCUGCUCAGCGUAACGGCCACUGGAGACCAGGACCCGGAUAUCUACUCUGAGUAUGACUCCAUUACCGUCUUUCAGGAGCUGAAGGAGCUGCUUAGAAAAAACGCAACGGUGGAGUCGUUCAUCGAGUGGUUGGACUCUGUAGUGGAGCAUAAAGUCAUCAAGCCCGGUAAGCAGAGCGGUCGAUCAGUGAAGAAGCGAGCCCAGGAUUUCCUCCUCAGGUGGAGUUUCUUUGGUGCCAGAGUGAUGCACAACCUCACACUCAACAACGCCUCCAGCUUUGGUUCCUUCCAUCUGAUCAGGAUGCUGUUAGACGAGUACAUCCUCUUGGCUCUGGAGACUCAGUUCAACAAUGACAAGGAGCAGGAUCUGCAGAACCUGCUGGACAAAUACAUGAAAAAUGCAGAUGCCAGUAAAGCAGCGUUUAUGGCCUCGCCCAGUUCCUGCUUCUUAGCCAAUCGCAACAAAGCCACGGCUGCCACCGACCAAUCAGUGAAGAACGAGUCUCUGGGAGAACACGUCUACAUGUCUCUGUCCACCAAUCAGCAGCAAAUCCUGGAAGCAAAAACUGUUCUCUACCAGGGGACCGACCCUUCUGGGUUCACAGUUUCAGGUGCUCAGAUGGACUUCUCUCAGGUCAGCGGCCCCCUCAUGACGCCCCCCAUCUCUCCUGCAGCGCUGGUGCACCGAGGCUCCGUCAUCAACCAGGGGCCCAUGGCGGGGAGGCCCCUGACAUCCUCGUCCUCGUCCUCCAGCUGCUCCUCUUCCUGCCUCUCCUCUCUCAGCGCGAUGACCCAGCCCAGCCCCUGCUCUUCAUACCCGGAGACCCUGUACCACUGCUUACCUCAGACCAGCUCUGGUUAUUUUCCUCCAGCCAGCAGCUCCUCGACCCCCAACUACCAGACUGCUCUCAGGCCUCAGACUCAGAACCAGUGUCUGGCUUCGGUUCAGUCCCAGGCUUCCUCUCUGGCCUGCCACCUCUCUCGGUACCCCUCCUUCAAUGACCAGCACCUGCCCAAAGACGUGUUCUACAAUCAUCAUCCUGCAUCCGUCCAUCACUCGUCCAGCAGCACCAACUGCUCCCUGACACCUUACAGUUCUGCCGUUCGGCCCACAUCCAGCUACACUUCAGGUUCAGAACCUGUACAGACUGAACAGGGGUUGGACCCUCAGACGGCAGCCCAGAUUCUGGACUCAGCAGAGGGGUUCAGCUUUGUGGGGGCCGGACUGAAUCUUGCAGGUGGUGGGUGUCAGGGACAGACGUACUCUGUCACAGGACACAGCGGUUACUACGGCAACAGCAGCUACCUGGACAGCCAGCGCAUGACAUCACUGGUUGACCAGCACGUGUCCGUCAUCAGCAGCGUCGGCAGCCUGCGUCCCUUCCCCUCAACGUACUCUGAGGUCCACGAUCCCCUCAACAUCCUGGACGAACCAGGAAGGAAAACCACAGGAGGGUUUUUCAGUGAGGCAGAAACCACAGCAGAUCAUCCCCUCCCCUCGUCAGGAUCUGCUCCCUGCAUGUUUGGACUUCCCUCUCCGUUCACCUCUCAGGACGCUCUGUUGUCUCAGCAGCGUGUGGCGACGUCCUCAGAGGUCCAGGACCUGGUGUCCUCGCUGCCCCCCAUCAACACUGUGUUUAUGGGCGCAGGAGGGGUGCAGUGA